AAAUUCCCAGGUAUGCCUUUGUGUUUGAAAACCAACCAACGCCAAUGCUCUUUUGCUCAGGACAUCCUCAUAUAUCCCAGUGACCCACGCUCAUCUGUGAUUGGCUAAAAAUCACUCAAUGAACUCCAAAUCCAGGGAAAGAGAGAUACGAUGAUCAUACAUGAGCGUGCAUGCUUGUUGAGCUACGCCCAUCUUACGUGACGUCAUAUCACAGUUGUCUCAAUUGAAAUCGAACCUCUUUUCCAGAUCUGUCAUUGACGAGUGAAAGAGGUGUUCCAACCUUAGUUUCGGACCGUGAAGUAUUUAUUUCUGAUCAGGAAAGAAAACUAACGGCUGUCAUUCGAUGAUGCUAGUCAUUUUGCAAGACAUAUGGUGUGGUGCUUCAUUUGGGAAUGUGCAUCGUUGCAACACCAUUUUCAUCAAAGAUAAUAUUCGUUGAAAAUGAGGAUUCCAACUCUUUAGCAUUGUAGUUUUUCCUAAAGUUUGUCCGAAAAUACUACAAUCGCUUUAUAGCAUGAGAUUGACAGGAGUCAUUGGUCACAUCCUCACCCGCAGUGCUACCAGAACGAUUUAUGGAGGAACAGGAAAAUUACUAAUUAAAAAAGGACAAUUUUGUUGGUAAUUGGACAUAUGGCGGGAAUUUCUUUGUAAAGGUGGUAUCGAUAUCAACAUUUAUCGUGCCAUGUCGUCUGCCCCAAUGUUCCCUCUCUCAUGGAGUGUUAAUGAGUAAAUUGAGAAGUGGUGCGUGCUCUUGUAUCAUAACAUUUAUAUAUCAACUUCGGAGGAUAUCUCUUCUGUAGAAGGUCCUAUGGUAAUUCAGUUUCUCGGCAACGAUUGAGAGGAUUACUUGAAAAUCAACCUAUACUCAAAGGAUCUCAAGGGUACAAUUGUUAUCAUAUUCACUGAGUGACUAACGAGGCUGGCAGUGUCUUAACAUCAUCGCUGUGUUACAAAAAUAAACCAGAACAUAGAAUUGCUAUAUCAAUUUCGGCUAAAUUGAUUUCUCUUAAUGACGGUGAAGAAAAAAUUUAGAGCAUCGGGGAUUAUAAAUCUUAAUAACCUGAUGUCACAACAACCAUUAGUAGGCGUCUUAUUACUAGUAUUUCGAAAGGUAUAUCGUCUGCUUCAUUGAGGAUUGCAUAGAGAUUUGAUAAAGCGAUAACUGAUCUUGAAGGCGGUGGAGUGCAUUAGAUUCGAAAUGAUAAAUACAGUUGAACAAAUCUUGCAAUGCGUAUGGUAUAAAUACAUGUACUAACAAUCUGACAUUAUCUUCUACUCUUGGUUCGUCAGCGUUGAUAACUAGAAUGCAAACCAGUUGGAUAUCUUUACUAAUUGGUGUAUUUAGUCUUUACUGUUGACCUCGAUCUGAAACAAUACAGUUUGAAGAGAAACACGAUAUUAUGUCAUAACAUUAUGUAUCUUACUUGGUAAAUUUGGAUUGAACAUAUUGCAUUAGAAUUCGUGAGGAGUAAAAAGGGAUCAGUUCUGUUAUUCAAUGUGUUGACGAUAUACUAAAGUGAUAGUUCCUGGAUACUACUUGAACUGCGUAUGAUUAACUGAUGCAACAAAUCUUUAUGUCGUCCGAAGAGCAUUUGGUUCUCAGGAAAGAGAAUAUUUUGCACAAUACCUUCACAAUGUCUGAGGGGGGCGUUUGUCCACCUGGGGUGGGUGUCUAUGAUAUUCGCAAUUAUUCAGUUGCAGAGGCAGACACGUUUCUCUAUCAACCAGGUGAAGUUGUUCUCAUCACGAUCGUCAUGCCAAUAAUCUGGGCCAUCGGAGCUAUCUCCAACAUCGCCUUCAUCUUCGUCGUCGCCCGCAUCCGUCGCAUGCGUACCGUUACCAAUUAUUAUCUCCUCAAUCUUGCCUUGGCUGAUAUCAUGUUUUUAUGUUUUGCAGUCGGAGAUAAGGUAGGUCGGUAUGCUGCGUCUCCGAUCUACAACGACCAGUACGGCUUGAAGACAGUAGGAUGCGUCCUUCUCAACUACUUCGUACAACUCUCCUAUUAUGCAUCCAUCUUUUUAGUAACCCUGGUAACGCUUGAGAAGUACUAUGCUGUGUGUCGACCGGUUCAGCAUCGGCUCAUCAGUGGACGAAAACGAACAAUCCGGACCGUAGCGGCGGCAUGGUUGUUAGCCACUGCCUUCGCGCUCAGCCUUAUUCCUGGAUGGUUUAAGUGGACCCCUCUCUGCUUCUUGUGGCCUGAUGACGAAAAGUACGAGUCCUUGCCAAAUCUGUCCGGCUACUGCCUACCAAUAUCUGACAUUUUCUUAUCAAUAGGGAACGGCCUGCAGACCAUCCCGUUUUUCGUCGUCAUGAUCCUUAACUUCCUCAUGUACGGACUUAUAAUACGCGCUGUCAACACGCGCGUAGCGGUACGCGAAAAUCAACUCGCGUCAACAGCUGUGCGUAGUAUUCAGAUGCGUAAUCAAGUGGUACGCAUGCUCAUCGUAAACGGCGUCAUCUUCUUCAUUUGUCUGGCUCCAUACCAGUGCUCAUCUUUCGCUAUGAUGAUUACAUCAGCCACUGAGAAUUACGUUUUAUCCGGGGAUCAGGUAGAGAAAGUUAUGUGGACAGGUAGAAUCCUCUCCUAUGUCAACUCUGCCAUCAAUCCAUUCGUGUACACCUUCGUCAACCCAAGGUACCGGCACGCAUUCUUCGAAGCUUUCGCUUUCUGUCCGUCCAUUAAACGACAUCUGGUGAAGAAAGCUAAGAUGGAAGAAAAUGGAUCGAGUAACAUCAGCAUGGACCAAUCUGCAACCAUCAAGCGAACACAAAGCCGCAAAGAGUCAACUGCUACAACAGAUUCUCAGAUCUCACAGAUUGACACUGCGCCGGUUGUUGCACACGACGUUGCCAUCUGAUUUUUUGUAGACAUUGGUUAUUUUUGUAUAAACUUGAUAAAAUUGUUAAAUUUUAUAAUUUCGAAACAAGUAUAUACAUAUAUAUAUCAUACGAGAGUAUGUUCGUCGUAAUGGGGCUGGUGUAUGACUCGUUUUAC